AUGUUGAGAAUGUUUGCCAAUAUGGAUGGGUUCGGGGGUAUGUUGUUAGUGGUUAUUGUGCUUAUGGUGUUGGCGGUCGGGGCCUCCACCUUUAACUAUAUUUUGACCUCGGGAAAGAGCAAAGAGAUUGAUGUUGACGGCGUGGAUGACUCCACCUACGCGUUUUACGCAUCCAAGAGAAAGAGAGCUUCUAGUCAGGUCACCGGAUUGAAUCGUUGA